AUGUUAUAGGCAUGCCAGAUUGAGACUAUUGUACUGAAAACAUCAGCCAAGUUUAUAAAGGUCAGAAUGCAGGCAAAGGCGCAAAUAUAUACCGAUUUUAUCUCUGGUGUGUACUCUAUGAUUGGUUUCUUUUUACCCAUUUAAAUUUAACUUAAUUUAUCAAAUUCUCAAAUCAUUUUAUAAUUAAAUUUAAAACUCAAUCAGAAUCUAAUGUACCAAAGCAAAGAUUACAGCUAUAGUGACGUUGAGUACGGCUUUGCUCUAUCGUAAAUGAUGUUAACUGUUCCAGUCUAAGAGAAACCUCUAACAAAGGACAUCAGCAGAGUUCACAAAUUCAACUAAUUCCGAGCACUCUAAUUCUACUUAAAAAGUGUAGGUCCAAGCGAAGAAAGCAACAAAUUAGCACUGGAGAGGAUGACUGAAAUAUUGCAGCCAUUCUAAGAGUAUUACGAGAAAGACCACUCCAAGAAUGAUAUCUUAGAGAUUAUUGAACUCAAGUCAUAGAUCAAUCAAUAAUUUGAUUGCCCAUCAGAUACUCAAAUGAUAGACCUAUCUAAUGAAGAACUUAAAGAUGAAAAGUUUCAGUCAUUACUAUUUGACAAAGAUUUUUACACCUUGGAGAAAUGGAUCAAAGAUAAGGGCAAGCAAAUUGAAGCAAAGGACAUGUCAGAAUCAGAUAUGGAAGAGUACUAGGAAGAAUAUAUAAAGCAAUUCAUCAGGCAAGUCAAAAGACUUCACUCCUCAGACAAGACUCAAGAAGCAAUAAGGAAAGAAUCACUAAGUCAAAACAUAACUAUUUUGAACAUGCAGCCACAGAUUUUCUAAAAAUCUUUCAAAGAUUCGAGCCUAAAUAGAUUAGUCGGAGAUUAAUAAAUGAUAAGAGUUUAUGCAACAGCAAUAAUUCCAGUAUUAAGAUAAAGUUAUAAUUGCUCUUACUCAGAGCAUAACUAAUAUAGACCGAUCUAUAAGCUAGCUAGAGAAGAGCUCCUAAAUGAAUAAAUGGCUUUUAGCAUCAUGACAACAGAGCCUAUUGGAUUUAUCCCACCUUUGACUAUUUGCAAGCAAGAUUUGUCAAUUUAGUAUGACCACAUCGUAGAAACAAUAUUCUUUGAAGCAAUAAAGUAGGACCGGACUGUAGAACUCACUGAAAUUGACUAAUAAAUUAGAACCCUUAAGAAUUUUGAAUUUGACAGAGGUAUACAAGACUUAGUUUAAAUAAACUAAGCUGAGAUUUACUUAACAGAAUAAUAGAUUGAAGAUAUAUUAAAGAUGAAUGAAAUAUUCAUCAAUGAUUUAUUCAAAACUCAAAUUAGACUAAGCUUAGAAAAUGCAUUUAAGAACUACCUCUUUAUGCCUUUAAAGAGAGUAGAUUAAAAUGAUUUUAUGACAAGCAAUCUGAGAUAUGAGUUAGACUUUUAAUGCCAAGAAAACAUCAUUAAUCUUAAUUAAAGAUACAAGACUGAUUCGUUAUGUCAUGAAAUCCAAAAAGAUUCAUCAUUCUUAAAUAAUAUGGAGGACAAACUGAUUCUUAGCAAAAUAAACCCUGGCUUGAUAUUUGAGGUCUCCUAAAUCCUACUAGAUCUAAAUUAAUGCAAUGUUUGUGAAAUACUAGAACCGAUCAAAACAAAAUUUAAAGAUUCUUACGCAGGCAUAUCUGCAAAAAACUUCUUAUAUAACUUUACAACUAAGCUUCAACUUAUUAAAAAGUUUAGAGAAGAAUCUUUUGACUUGCUAAGUGACUAUGACCCAGCAUAAAUAAGAGACAAGCCAAUAGUAUAUUUAAAAGAGUUUUCAAAUCUUGAACAAUUUAAGUACUCCUACAAGUUAUAAGGAAUUCCUUAAAAUCCUAAUAUAGUAUACUCCAACAGAUUUCAGCAGGAGAAUAAUACGAAGGUUAAUAAAAGAAUACCUACAAUCCAUCAUAGCUAUGGCCUUUAAUUUCAUUAUCUUGAUAAAGUAUCUUUCACUAGAGCUUCUCAGCUCCCUUAAAUAUUUAACUAUAUUGAGAGAAUAGGUUUGCUAAAAGAUAUGAAGCAAAGUUUGUUCUAAAAUUACCCCUUCAAUGAGGAAUACAUGCUUUGGGCUACCACUGCACCAGGAUUAUAUGUAUCAAGAAAGAAUUAUUAAACACUGGAAACAUAUGGAGACACUAUUUUGAAAUUGGCAGCCACCAUGCUUGCCUAUUACUCAAAAAGAAAUAAUAAGAGAGCAGGUGAAGGUGAAAUUGAGAAUUCUAAAGUCUGCUUCGUAACAAAUUUUCAUCUGUUUAGAGUUGGCAAUAGUCAAAUGAUGUAAAGAUUUAUGAGAACAAAGAAGGAUUAAGACUAUAAAGAUUGGAAUUUUCCACUCCAAGCCAACAAUUCGGAGCAGUAAUGGGUUACCAAUAAAUGUGUAGGCAAAAAUGUAGCUGACACUGUAGAAUCUUUAAUUUGUGCCCUAUAUCUCUCAUCAAACUGUCUCAAUACAGUGCUAAGAUGGAUUUCAGAUAUUAAGCUAGUUCCAAUUUCAUUCACUAAUAUGCUAGAUUACAUAAAACCUGGUCAAGAUAAUACAUUCAGACUCUAUAAAGAUUUGAAGUUAUACUAAUUUUAAAUAACUGAUAAUGCAAAAGAUCUCUUUACCAAAUAUUUCCUGAUAGAAGGAGAAAGCAGUAAAAUCCCAUCCAACUUUAUGAGGUUUAUUAUGUCAAGAUUUGAGUCACAGCAUUCAGAUGUUGGGGAAUUAGGGCAAGCUUACGAUUAAUGCAGAUUUCUUAAGGGGGAAUAUCUCAUUUAAAAAGCUUUAAUUGUGACUUAAGAAUUACAAAAUAAUGUGCUAUGCUAUUAGUUUAAAAAUCCAAUGCUUUUAAUAGAGGCUUUGACUCAUAAAUCAGCAAGGGACACUUUAGAAAUUAAUGUCUGCUAUGAAAAGUUAGAGGUUCUGGGAGAUUCAAUCUUAGAUUUCUUAUGCAACUAUAGUCUUAUCCGCUACACAUUAUUUGAAAGAUAUCUAGAAAAGGACCCAAAUAGCUAUCAAAUUGAUGAAGAUUUCACACCUUCAGAUGCACAUUAAUCAAAAUCUUUGCUUGUAAAGAAUGAGCUAUUAGCUAAGCUGACUGUUCUACUUGGUAUUCAUAAAUAUGUAUUCUACCAGGAUACUCUCGGACUUUUUGAUAAAAGAGAGGUAACUGAUUAUCUGAAGUAUUCAUUUAGACCUAAUUUCAAGCUAAAUUAGCGAGAGGUGGAAUUGUUUGAAUGUCCCAAGUUAUUGGGAGAUGUCUUUGAAAGUUUAAUGGGGGCAAUAUUUAUUGAUGGGGGUAUGGAAUCAGUAAUUUAAGUAUUUAGAAACUUAGUUGGACCAUUUGUACUCUUUAUCGCAUAAUUCAGCAAGAAACUAUACAAGGAGCCGAAGGAAGAGUUCUUGCUUAACUCCCAUUAGAAGAGAAUAAAACCUCAAUGGAGAUUCAGUGAGCUACCUGUUAUUCACAAGAUUGAUGAGGAUUAUCUAGCAGAAAUGAUUAGAGCUGAUGUGAUUUAUAAUAAUGGAGAGAUUAUGUGUACUUCAUAUGGGAGCAAUAAAAAGUAAGCAGAGAGAAAUGCUAGUGUUGAAGGUCUAAAUUGGAUUGAUAGAACGUUUGCCAACAAGCUUUUGUGA